GGAUUUCCUUGGAAACCCCGAUGUGUUGCCGGCUAGUAGGUCCAGUGAAUCGACUCAAACCCCAAACAGAACAUAUCAUUUAGUUGCUCUGCAGUCGCCUAGCAUAAAGAGUAUUGAAUGAGGGUGAGGUAUUGAUCUCAACUCUGGUAAAUAUGUUCCUCCUUGCCUUGCUAACCACGGCGAAGAAGAUAACAUAUCCCAAUUUAUGCCAGCCUUCUUCCGCUUGUUGUGGAUGGCUGCUUGUUAUGUCCAGUUGGUUAACGACCCUGCAUCUCCAUCUUGCAGCCAAGGAAGCUACCGACUCACACAAUACUGCCAGGACUCCUCACCACCCGUCAGGCCCCUUGAUUCCCUUUCGGAGCAACACGAGGUUAGUAUGCAAGUCAACUUGCUCUCCGUACCGAAGCACGUAGUCCACUCGGGUCUUCCAGCUGCGAUAUCCUUUCCCAUAUAGCUGCUCGACUGUGAGAUCAUAUGGGCUAACCAAAUAUCGGC